AUUUGAUACAGACACACCUCGGUCCUGCUGGAAAGGCUGGCCGCAUAAGCAUUAUAUUUGUUUGGCCAUAUCGUUUUUGUUUGGCUUCUGUGUAUCUGCAUAGAGCAAAGGCUACCAGAAGCUUAGCAGAAAGCAACAACUAGCCUGUGUACUGUGUGAUCUGUGAUCUAAUCGUUUGUCGUUCAACUGUCCAUGCCCGUUUUCAGUGCCCUCUCAAUACUGCAACAACAACAGCAGCAGCAGCAGCAGCAGCAGCAGCAGCAACAGCAGCAGCAGCAGCAGCAGCAGCAACACCAACAACAGCAGCAGCAGCAGCAGCAGCAAACAACGCCGAAGAACGGAGCUUUAUCAAACCUGUUCCUCAGCCAGUCGAUCUUUGCCGCCGCUGCAGCCGCUGUCGCCGCUCAACAUCCGCUCGGAGCACUCAGUCCGUUACGCCUGGCUCCCGGCGCGGGCGGUCUCGGCCUUGGUCAAGCCGGCCUUGGAGUCGGAGCUGCCGCAGGACUCAGCGCGGGAUUGGCGGGACUUCCUGGACUUUCCGGUCUUCCUGCAGUACCCCCCGUCCAGCCAUCAGCUGGGUCUCCAGCACCGCUCGAUGGAUCGGCACUCGAUCUCAGCCUCAGUCGAUCAAGUUCCGUGUCAAGCCACGGCUCCGUCUCGCCCGGCAUCACCCCAUUGGGGCUUCUGCCUGGAAGCGCUUUGGCCGCAGUGACUCCUCUAGUAUCAGCACCUCCUCCAUCUCUGGGCGGAUCGACCGCAUCGGCCACGCCCGCAUCUCCCUCUUCGUCCUCCCUAGCGCUUCCAUCCUCGCCAACCUCAUCACCAACCUCGACGACCCCACUCGAUUAUCGAGUCGAGUCCUUGAAACGCCGAAAAAUUCACAAAUGCGACUUCGAGGGCUGCGAAAAGGUCUAUACCAAAAGCAGUCAUCUCAAAGCGCACAAACGGACUCAUACAGGAGAAAAGCCUUACACGUGUACGUGGGAAUCAUGCACGUGGAAAUUUGCGCGUUCCGAUGAGCUGACUCGGCACUACCGAAAACAUACCGGUCAAAAACCGUUCAAGUGCCACCUUUGCCAAAGGUCCUUCUCAAGAUCCGAUCACCUAUCACUACACAUGAAGAGACAUUAGUCAUCAUCAAUGCGACGUCAAUGACUGUAUACGACAUCAUUUCCUAAUAUUUGGCCUUAACAACUGGGAGAUCGGUCGCUCCUUCGCUAUUCAAUAACGGAUGUCGGGGUAACAAAGGGAAACUUCCUGUGCGGCCAAAGAUUGAGCAUCAUCGUCUUGGCACUCGAAAAUAAUCUGAGGUCAAAGCAUCAAGCGAGGCAGAUCAUGAUCAAGCUGAUUUCACUCGUAAGGCAAACGGCUAUACAUGUUACCGUCGUUGCACUGGAGUAUCAAACGUAGAUGUCAGGUGUGAUGAUCUGACAUUUUCUAUAGGCGCGAAAAAUAAAUAAUCCUCUAUUAUUUUCAAAGUUACCGGUCUUAGUAGUAGAGAUUGUGGUUAACUUUGGUAAGUUCUCAGUAUGCGUGAUAUUCGAGGCGAAGCAGUGAAAAUCGUAGGGGGUACGAAUACAACCAAAUACGAAGACAGCUGUAGGUGUAUAUCUGUCCCCGAUUUACCUCUACUACGUCAGGCAUAUUCGGACGUAUGUAGGUGGGCCAGUGCGCUCUCAAUUCGGAGCUCACUGCUCGGCAGAUCUCCGGCGUCAAGAACGAGGUCAGGUCAAUUUAUAUAAUAACAUCGCGGCGAUAGUUCUCAUCUUCUGUCUGUAUAAUAAAUGUACAUAUGAUUGAAUAAUUGAACGAGGGUAGCAAACGGUUAUAGUAGAAGUCCAAUGAAGCCACCGUGCAACCGCGGUCUCUCAUCAAAUAGUUGUUAUAUUCAUGUUUUAACGAGUCGUUCGAGAGCCUAGGCAGCACUUGCUAAAAGUCAGAAAUUCGUUAAAUUUGAGUUCUUGCUUACGUGCGUGCAGUCGGCUUCACGUAUCGUAUACUACGAAUGAGCAUACCAAAAAUGCACAAGUUUUAACCAGGUCCUUUGCUUUUGAUAGUUUUCUACCUAGGAAUAGAGGGUGAUAGUUUGAUCUGAUGUGUUUUUUGUAGUGCCUAGGCUCCCAUUGCAGCGGCUCGAGUUGAGCGCCAACCCGUACGAUUUUUUUUGCAAAUUCUAUAUAUAAUAAAAUAUAAUAUUGAUGAUAAUAAUGUUUUGUGAGCGUCCUAGUCCCCUGUUGCAAGUGGGUUGGCCUCUUCUUUGUACAGGAACAUAUAUAUAUAUAUAUAUAUAUAUACAUAUAUAUAUAUAUAAAAGCCAGAGGCAGAGGAAGAAAGAAGAAAGAUUUACAAAAAUUAAUAUAAAUACGAUCAAUCCAGAAAUAGUAAAAGAAACGUUCUUCUUUUCCCGGAUCCAAACAGACUGACAUACUCAAAGGUAGGAAUAUAGUAGCAAUUUGCAUAGGAAACAAUUGCGAUAGCGCUAAUUGUGUAUACAAUUAAAAUCGGAAAAUGUAAUACCGAUACUGAUAUAUGAUCGAUACUUAAUAUCGAUAUGGGGUCUGAAAUAAAAAAAAGUGGGAGCGAAGGAGGGCAAAGGCAUGACAGAUCGCGUGAAUGGAAUUGCGUGAAUUACUGCACUAUUAUUAAUUAAAAAUGUGACUAUUUCUAAUGGACCAAUAGCGGAAAGUCACGAUCACUUUGAAUUGAAAUUAAUUCUUUUCGAACGAUUGCGGCAGUCAACUGGCAGUACUAUUAAUGAGUAUUGUAAAAUGAGGAUGUUCUUGUUUUUUGCCUUGUUCUCCGAUUAUAUCGACGAACUCAUGUCCGAAAUACCUGCUAAUAACAAAAAUGUAUACGAAUGAUUUUAUCGGUGCCCCUUGCAGAGUACAAAGCAAAAUGUUUGUAUAGAACAUAUAGAAAAUGGCAGAGAGAAAACGUCCGACAAAAACGCUGCCGCCAUCUUGGCUAGCAGCUGAUGCCGAAGCAAAAUUGAACGCAGAGAUAUAAAAACUGUAUAUUAUGCUAGUUUAUAUAUAUAUAUAUAUAUAUAUAUAUAUACAUAUAUUAGAUAAAUAACAAACUACAAAUAAAGUCGUAGUAAACGACACGAGUAAAAGGACUAAUAUGAGAGAACUAUGGAAAAAUGAUAUCGGAACCCAAUUCGUUGGCUAAGAGGAAACAAGGCACGUGAAGCCGACCGAUUACGCCAAACUCGCGGUGUACGGCGAAUCAGUAAAUGCUAGGUCCGGGUUAUGUUGGCCAGUGCGGCAACGGGGCAACUCGAAUGUAUUUUAUUUAUCGAAAAACUAAGAAGUACACACACAUACACAUACAAACAUACAUACACAGAUGAAA